CCAAUGGCCACGAAGUCACUCGUGGUCUCAGAGCAGAGCGCAAAAGUGCCACAGGUGAUAGGAGGAAUGGACACAGAGAUGAGAGUUUGCGCGUCCUAUGUGUUGCAAAUAAGUAACCAAAAAUUGCCAUGUAAGAUUUGCGACCGAAACCUCUGCACGGUGCAGAAAGUCUGCGAUUUCAUCACGUCACUUCUCGGGAGAUCAUGAAACAACAUUGGAUGAAUCUGAGGCGAGGAAACGUUGAGGAAGCUGAGGAAAGCCAUCUUCACCGAUGAGGCAGCCAAGUUCCCCUUCGCCUCUCCCUUUACGCACAGGCGAGGUGAGGACGGAGAGCAUCACACCAAUGUAGAGGGAUCACCAAUUAGACAUCCGAGGUGUUGAAAACUCGACAGCAGACGGGAGAAGCACAACAAUUACAAUUUGUGAUCGAAAAUCAUUUUUUUAAAAGCACACCAUGGAUGGAGAAGGAGGAUCAUCCGGGCUGGUGAAAUCAGCCGCAGUAAAACUGUCUGAGAUGGGUGAAAAGACCAAGCAGCUUGGCACCGCGAUGAGGGAUCCCCACCAGCAAAGACGGAUCAUAUUAGUGAUUGUUUGCGUGGCUCUCCUGCUGGACAAUAUGCUCUACAUGGUAAUCGUGCCAAUUAUUCCAGACUAUCUUGCUGAGCUGGAGAGUGAGCAGGCAGAGCACGUCCACGUAGUUAUACACCCCAACUCCUCAUACAACAGCACAAGCCAAGACAAAAUCAACAAGAACAAUCUAGAUAUCCAGAUAGGAGUACUUUUCGCAUCCAAAGCCAUCCUGCAGCUCUUAGUUAACCCAUUAUCGGGAACUUUCAUAGACCGUGUUGGAUAUGACAUUCCACUUUUAAUCGGACUCUCUGUUAUGUUCGUGUCCACCUGCAUAUUUGCAAUCGGGGAGAACUACGCAACUCUCUUUGUGGCCAGAAGUUUGCAGGGUCUGGGGUCUGCCUUCGCGGACACCUCUGGAAUCGCAAUGAUAGCUGACAAGUACACGGAGGAGUCGGAGAGGAGCACGGCACUAGGCAUCGCUCUAGCAUUUAUUUCUUUCGGGAGUCUGGUGGCGCCUCCAUUCGGGGGCAUCCUGUACGAGUUUGCGGGCAAGAAAGUGCCCUUCAUCGUGCUCGCCUGCAUUUGCCUGGCGGAUGGCGUUCUGCUGCUGACCGUGAUCAAGCCGUUCUCCAACAGGACUAGAGAGAACAGGCCAGUCGGUACCCCUAUAUACAAACUCAUGGUUGACCCGUACAUUGUUGUGGUGGCCGGGGCGCUCACAGUGUGUAACAUCCCCCUGGCCUUUCUAGAGCCCACCAUAGCCAACUGGAUGGAGACCACCAUGCACUCCAGUCAGUGGGAAAUGGGGCUCACCUGGCUCCCAGCCUUCUUCCCUCAUGUUCUCGGUGUUUACAUUACGGUUAAAUUAGCAGCAAAGCAUCCACAUUUGCAGUGGUUUUACGGAGCUUUAGGUAUGGUUAUCAUAGGAGCGAGCUCCUGCACAGUACCUGCAUGUAAAACCUUCGGGCAGCUCAUAGCCCCGUUGUGCGGCAUUUGUUUUGGCAUUGCACUGGUAGACACUGCCCUGCUGCCAACUCUUGCGUUUUUGGUUGACGUGCGUCAUACUUCAGUGUACGGUAGUGUUUACGCUAUAGCAGAUAUUUCCUAUUCUGUUGCUUAUGCUAUGGGUCCUAUAGUAGCCGGCCAGAUAGUGCACAAUCAUGGGUUUGUACAACUUAAUUUGGGUAUGGGCCUCGUCAAUGUGCUUUACGCACCAGCCCUGCUGCUGCUUCGCAACGUGUGCCAAAUGAAACCGUCCUACUCAGAGAGAGAUAACCUGUUAGAGGAGGCUCCGCAGGGGCUGUACGAUACUAUCAAGAUGGAGGAGAGGAGAUCUAAAAAGAAGGGCUACAGUACGGCAGGGAAUUCCCUGUCAGUAGAUGAAAAUGGGUAUGACCCGUUUAGAGCACAGCGGUCUUUGUCUGAAGAGUCGUCCGGUCCGGAAUACACUUAGCCCGGCCACACUCUCACCGCCCCCUCAACAUUCCCCUGGAGAUAUUUGAAAGGUUAUAGUAAAGUAAUUUUAAUUUGUAUGUAAUUACCGAUGUGCAAUAUAAACACCCGAUUACCAAAAUCAUGAUGGUGUGACCCGCUUUCCAGAGUUUCUUUUUUUAUUGUGGUUUCAUUGUGUCGAACAAGUCUAUGUAGCGUUUGUCAUAGACGUAUAUCUGGAGUUUUGUGAGAGAUCUAUCAGCUACUGUUGAAUUUGUGUGUACUGUAAAAAGAUAUAAAUAGAUAAAUGUGCGUAAAAUAUAUGGGACCAACUAUAAGCAGCACAUUUGCCCCCUUACACAAAAUAGCCUAUAUUUUUAGUCUCUGAAAAAACUUUUUUUACUUGCACAUCAAAGGCCUGAUUUUUCUUUUUGGUUGUUAAAAAAAAAAAAAUCGUCUGUUUUAAUUUUGUAACACCAGGGCCUGUUUUUAAUUUAUUUUUGAUUCAAUGUUUUCUGUUGUUUGAAAUUAAAUGUAUCACAAUAAAUGGAUUUGUACAUAUGUGGAUAUAUGCACAAUGUAAAUGUUUGCAACAUACGUGGACCUCUACAAAGUAUGUGUGCGUUCGUGUGUCUGCGCGCGUGUAUGUAUGAAACAUUUUGUCAAGACGUAGCCAAUGAAGUCAGUCUACUUCAGAUGAAAAAGUAUGUAUUAAUUUACCAAUUGUCGUUUUAAUAAAUCUCUGUUUAAAUCUGUGUGACACGGCUGGUUUCAUUUUUAUUUUAAGC